AUGGGUUUUAUGUUUCAUAGAGGGAUUUCAGGGUCUUACCGGCUUCUUGGUGUAGGACGAAGAUGGUAUAGCAGUGAAAAUUGGUUCAAGUUGUUUCCGAAGACGUUUCCUACAGGUGGUGCUACGUGGGAUGUGGAUAUUACGCAGCUUCGGAGGGAAUAUAGACAGUUGCAGGCGGUGCACCAUCCUGAUAUUGUUGCGAAUGCUGGAUCAGAUGAAGAUAGUGGUAUGUCUAGUAAGUUGAACAAAGCGUUCAGUACGCUUUUGAAGCCUGUGUUGAGGUCACAGUACUUGCUCCAGUUGCAAGGGAUUGAUUUGACCAAUGAAGAGGUUGCGCAAGGGAUUAUGCAGAGGAAUCCGCAGUUGUUGAUGGAUGUUUUGGAUGUUCAUGAACAAUUAGAAGAAUUGGAGACGGAGGAAGAUAUCAAGGAGCUGAAGGGGGCUAAUAAAGAACGGAUUGCCAAGUUGCAGAAAGCUAUCGGUGCAGCAUUUGGUGCUAAUGAUUGGGAUAAAGCUGCGCAGCUUACGGUGGAGUUAAAGUACUGGGAUAAUUUGGACAAGGCAAUCAAAGAAUGGGAGCCAGGUAAGCCUGUUCAACUGACUCAUUGA